CAAGAAGUCCACGCAUGUCCGAGUGCCUGGCGAAUGGAUGAGUCGUGAAUAGUGGUGCCUAGUCUGGUGCUGCUCUGCACGCCGCUCCGUUUCGCUCUCGUCUUCACGCAUUUCAACCGUCGUGAUUCCCCUCCAAACCUGAGGCGAUACCAGGCCGGCAGGCUUCGACUCUCCGCCCUCCGUUCCAGCUCGUCGUCCAGAUCCUGUGCGCCGCGCCAGCGUCGAGACUUCGUGACCGUGCCAGCGUUCGUGGGGCUCGUGGCUUCGAGCCGUAGGGCUGUUCGGUGCAGACAUCGCCCACACGAGGAGCACCGCUGCCGCUCAGUGGGCCUACAAAAGCCCGAGGCGUUCUGCUGUUCGCGCCCUCAUGGCUCCUCCCGAGGUUGGCGACGAUGCGCACGCCGACUACUUCAAUCAAUUGCACCGCCCGUUGCCCGACCAGUCGAGUGCGGACCCGGCUGCGUCCAAGAACGGCGGCAACGAGGGACGCCCCCUCAACGAGACACAGCCAAAGGCCAAGCGAAUAGCGUGUGUGCUGUGCAGGAAGCGGAAGCUGAAGUGCGAUGGCGCGCGACCCAGCUGCAGCACUUGCAAGAGACUGUCGCACGACUGCGCGUACGACGAAGUGCGCAAGAAAAGUGGCCCCAAGCGCGGCUACGUGAAGCUGCUGGAAGCCCGACUUCAACAAGUGGAGACUCUGUUGAAAACGCAGGAACAGCCCGAGUCGCGCCAUGCCGUGACCACGCCUCCUUCUGCGGCCGCCUCCUCGUCCGCCCACCAUGCUGCGACGGCGCCGGUGCCGGCUCCGGUGUCGAUGGGCUUGGGUACCGAGCCGCCUGUCACCAUGGCUGACUUCACCAUGCCGCCGGCCGUGUCGAGGGGCAGCGCGUUCAGCAACGACUUUGUUACUGACACGAUCGCCUUUCAAGAUAGCGGCGUAGGCAAUGAUUUUGCCAGCGAAUCUUUCCCGUGGGAGAUGGUGGGCUUGGGCCUCGAAGAGCCCUUGCCCGCCCAAGACACGAUCGACGAACUACACCGAAUAUACUUCGAGAAGGUGCAUCCCUCGUGUCCAAUUAUCCACCGCGCAAGAUAUCUUGCGACCUGUAAUCUGAGUCAUCAAAUGCGACCCCCAGUAGCCCUGCGCUACGCCAUGUGGACGAUGGCCGCAUCGGUCUCCGACAAAUACGAAGGCUUGGCAGAGCAUUUCUACCUGCGCACUCGCAAGUACUUGCAAGCGGAUGAGAUGCGUAAUCACGGAGAAGGAAUCGUCAGUCUCCAACACUGCCAAGCAUGGGUUAUCAUUUGCAUCUACGAAUUCAAAAACAUGUACUUUCCCAGGGCGUGGCAGACGACGGGCCGCGCGGUCAGAAUGGCACAAAUGCUCGGCCUCCACAGGAUCGACGGCUUUGGCUUGGACGUGAAACAGUGUCUACCUCCUCCGAAGGACUGGGUUGAGCGAGAAGAGCGAAGACGAACAUUCUGGUUGGCCUUCUGCGAGGACAGAUACGCCAGCGUUGGAACAGGAUGGCCGAUGACGAUUGACGAAAGAGACAUCAUGACAAACUUGCCCGCUUCCGAGGAAGCGUUCCUGUCGGGAAAUCCCGAACAGACGUAUUCGCUCGAACAGGCGCUCAAGCCCAAUGGUGCUUCCAAACUCUCAUCGAUCGGAGGCGUCAUCGUCUUAUCGUGCAUGUUUGGUCGUAACCUCCUUCAUCUGCACAGGCCGAGCCCAGAUGACAACGACGACGAUCUAAACGGCGAGUUCUGGAGGCGACAUCGCAGAAUAGAAGGCAUUCUGUCGCACACGGCACUUGCUCUGCCGGAACGGCUGCGCUUGCCGGCCGGUCUUGCGGAUCCAAACGCCGUGUUCAUGAACAUGUCAAUUCAUACUUCGGCUAUUUGCUUGCACCAAGCUGCUAUAUUCAAGGCUGACAGGCACAAGCUUCCACCCAACGUCGGCUCGGAGUCUCGAGUGCGAUGCGUGGCUGCCGCUGCGGAGAUCGCGCGCAUUAUGCGGAUGCUUAGCCACCUAGAUCUCUCCAAUAUGAAUCCCUUCCUUGCCUUCUGCCUCUAUGUCGCUGCUCGAGUCUUUAUCCAGUACCUCAAGUUCAGACCCAAGGACGAGCAGAUGACGUCGUCUUUGCAAUUUCUCCUGGCUGCGAUGCACGCGUUGAAGCGAAAGAAUCCGCUUACCGAGUCGUUCUUGGUUCAGUUGGACGUCGAUCUGGAAGGCAUGAACAUCGAUGUCGGAAUGAGGGUAGAUCAGGCCGCAAAAGACCGUCUGGUAAGAUUAGAAGAAAAAAGAAAUAUAAUCACUUUGUCUAUUUCGUUUUUGAUACUAACAUGCGACAAGUGCGAAGUCGCGAUCAACGACAAUCUUGAUUGCACCCCCCUGCUCCAAAUUAGGGAUUCCCAGGCUCAAAAUUCAACCCUCAACCAAAAUUUCCGCCAGCAAAGCAGGCCAAAUGCCUAUUCCACCAGCUUGCCCAUUGAUUCAAACGCCACCAAUACCAUCAACGUUGAUUUCAACAUGAUGAACAACGCAGAUUCUCCAUCAUACUCUCUACCGAAUCGACAGCGAGGAGGCUUUUCUGGGCCUGCCAGCGUUGGACGCGUUGCAAGCAUCAGCGACUCACUUUCACCGUCUGGGUCUGACAAUGCUCCAUCGCCAGCUAACGAGCGGGGCAGCUCUCGAAGUACUUCCUCGAAGGAUGCCUCGUCACACACUUCGUUUACGCCACCUUCAACGACCGGACUUAACGAAACAAUUGGUAGCCUUCCAAACAACAUCAGCACCUCGACCUCUCCUAAUACCACAAGCACGGGCCAGACCCCGGGACCGUAUGGUACAAGCACGUUCUUCAAUAAUUCGAUGGAUAGCAACACGUAUACCAGCUUCCAGUCUGAUUUUUUCGUUCAAUCGAUCGGGGGCGCCACUUCUCCUGGUUUCGGGAUCAACAACUUCGACAUGUCCGGUGUCGACAUGAACAUAUCAACGGGAAUGACACCCAUGGCUACGGACACAGAUUGGAGCAGGAUGAUGGAGGAUAUGGAACGGUUUGCUGGCAAUCCUACCAACGCUCACAACGGCUAACUAACUGUACAAAAAUAACGCAGGACGGGUGGAAACAUGUCCUUUUCUUAUGGCUCUAACAUGGGCGAGCUCAUCAGGAUCGCGUUGACGAAUUCCCUUUUGUGUAGGAUGCAUUGGCAUCGCAAUGAUUGUACAUUUGGGUUGGACACGGGCACAUGAUACCAAAAGAAUUGUGAUUUAAUUUGCGGCGUAUGGGAUCAUAAGGGCAAAGCAACACCCCUCUACCGAGAUGUAUGUAUUCUAGCAGUUCUUACAACGUAAGAGUCUGAUGACGAUCAUAUAACUUUUCACCCCUCAAAAAUAGACCAGCUUUUACCACUAGGACCAGCACACAGCGGUCUUGUCGCG